CUAUAAAAUAUUUAUUAAUUUCGUUUCAGAAAAGAUAUGAAAAUAUUCACUUGAGUGUUAAAUAUGUCGGAGAGUCAUUUGGAAGAUCACGAGGUUCAACUUUGCCUGAUUGGAGAAGAAUUGAGGAGAGAUGCUUCCAUUGUGAAAACAUGUCAAUCGUUUCAAAGACCAGUUCACUACUCAACGGAUGGAUCGGAUUGGGUAGAUGAAGAUAAUGUUAUCACCGUAUUUGUUGUUUCUUCCUUUAGGGGGGAAAUAUUCGAGAGAUUGCAGAAUGAGAAGAGACAUAUUUUGGGAAUACCUGCAUUAAAAGAUCUGGCCAACUCGGGCCAUCCAAUCCUGGUUAAGAAUAAACCAGUUUAUUGCCUUGCACUCUUAGGAUGUCGUAUUAUAUUUAGUGGAUACAGGCAUAAAUCUGACCUAGAUCGGUUGCUCAAGCUAGUUCAUACUAUGGGAGGAAGCGUGAUAAGAGAUGUUGGAAGGAAGGUGACCCAUGUAGUUGCUAAAGCUAGUAUGGGAGAUAAAUACAACUACGCCACCACCUUCUCCCUUCCGGUCAUUACAGAAGACUGGCUUCAAACCGCCUGGGACAACAGGGAGAACCUCGGCUUCUCCGCCAAUACUAAAGAAAUGCACGAAAAAUACAAACUUCCGCCUUUUGCCGGAAAUGUCGUCUGUUUCUACGGAUUUGACCAGGGGGAGGUUGAACACAUGACCGAAAUCCUGGUAGCUAACGGCGGACGGGUGGCGGAAGGCGGUGUUAGAGGUUGUGAGGCAGUUACUACAACACACAUGGUAGUUGAUGAAAACAAUGUUGAUCAGCUGCCGACUGAUAUUAAGAUAUCUGACCGAUGUUGUGUAGUUCGAGGAGAAUGGUUCUGGAACUCUAUACAGAUCCAGGCAGCUGCAGACGUAUCCUCGUAUAUGUGGAGAGCAACAGGAGUCUUGUCUCCAAGCAACCGGAGUCUAUUCUCUCCUCCCACCCCGUCCUCCGUUGGUGCUAGCAGGAAGCGGAAAAGGUUAAGGAGGGCGGAGGUUAUUAACGCCCUGGCAACUGAUUCUCCGGCACAUAAGCGGCGGAGUUCUAUAUCGGAGCUGGGUCUACUCUCUAUGUCAGGAAGUUUCCUAGAUUCUACGGAUAGAAAUCUACUGAGCCCUGAACCUGAACGUGGAGCUGUACUCUCAUCUGUUGAACGAGAAGGAGGUGAACCUGAAGCUGUUAUCUCUAUCCCUGUAUUCAACCUAAAAACUGCAACUCCUCGCCAGCAGGUCUUCCACGAGCUGGUCACAACAGAAUCAAACUAUGUAGGAAUCCUGGACUGCGUCACUAAGAUUUCAGAGGAAGCCGAAGAUCCAUGCCAGCAAGGAGGUGCUUUGCUGGACCAGCAGGAGAUGAAGAUUAUAUUCGGGAACCUGCCGCCCAUCAGGAAGGUGCACACUGACAUGUUGAAGAGGUUGAAGGAGCUCGAGGCUAACUGGUCGGAGGAGGCUUGUAUUGGAACAAUUAUAUUAGAUUGUGCUGGCGAUCUCCUGAAAGCGUAUCCUCCUUUUGUCAAUUUCUUUGAGCGAACAAAGGAACAGAUCCAAGAUUGUGACAGAAGGAAUCCCAGGUUCCAUGCUUUCCUCAAGAAGUGUGAGAGAAGGAUCGAAUGCUCUAGACAAACUCUUACAGAACUAAUGAUUCGGCCAGUUCAACGUCUACCGUCGAUGUCUCUUCUUCUGAAUGAUCUUCUCAAACAUACAAAGCGGGGUGGAGAGCACCGUGAUAUAGAGCUACUGGAGCAGGCCAUUGCCAAGGUGAAGAACGUGAUGACCCACCUCAACGAGGAGAAGAGAAGAACGGAGGGACAAAUUCAUAUUUUCGAUAUUUACUCCGAGAUAGAUAAUUGUCCUGCUAGCGUCGUUUCUUCACACAGAAGUUUUGUCUGCCGGGCGGAAUGUUUUGAGGUUGCCGCAGCAGAUGUUUUGUGCGGGAAAGGUUACGAGCUGACCCUCUUCCUGUUCACAGAUAUUCUUCUAAUAGCGAAGAAGAAGACAGGCAAGAUUGGAGGGAUGCUCAGAUCUCCUAGUACUACUAGUAUUGCUAGUGGACAGAUUAAUAUGCAAACAAAGGCCCUGAAGUUUGUCACCCUGAUUCAUUUGUCCGCUGUGCGUCGUCUUGUCGAUAUAUUAGACACUGCAGACACAGAGAGCGGUGUCAUCGCAUUUGUUUGCCGGCAAACUGAAGAUCUCAGAGAGAGAUGUUAUACAUUCCAGCUUCUUACAGAAACAAACGAAGAGAAAGUUGCUUUUCUCAGGACCAUAUGUCGACAUGUCGCCAACACGCUGUGUCGACCUGACUCGGAGAGUUUGCUUGUUCGACUUGAACCCCGCGACAUGUCUCUCGAAGCUUCUGAUCUAAAUGUUUCAACUCUCUCCCGAACCUUUUCUUCCCUUUACAAAACUAAACAGAAGGUUGGUCGCGCCUUCUCGUUUAACCGAACCCCUGGAAAACUGAAGAGAGCCGUGUCUACAAUGAUAUCUCCGAUCACGAGCUCGUCCACCUUACGGACCGACGGGUUCAGCAGGACCCUCGGCAGGAACCAGAAAACUCCCUCGGAUAGCCUCAGGGAGCUCAAGCUUGAGGUGGACUGGUGGAAGGAAGAAAGCGGUGAUGAUGAGAAGAGGAUCGUUGAGCAAACCGGGGCCGCCGACGUUCUAUGCACGGUCGAUUACCCCAAUACCAGCGGUGACAGUUUGUGUGUCGGCGACAACCUCGACCCCUCAGUUGUAGAAUCAUCGAAUGAAAUAGAAAUGCGGGAAUGUAGCGACCUAUCCAAUGACAAUGAAAUGCGGGAAUGUAAUGAUGAGUUGAGUGUACUGAGUACGCCGGGUGGGAAAGGAACCCCUCGCUCCCGAACCCGUCUCCAGUCUUGUGUAAAUCUCGGAGAUUCUCCUCGAACCUUUCAAUCCGGGUUCAGUAAACCCAAGAGGUUGGAUCUAGAGUCUCCGCCCAGGGGUGGAGAGGAGAAUAAGGAUCCAGAGUUUAGGACUCCAAACCUUUGCUCCAGGCCUAGUUUCAGAGAUAAGUUUCGUCCACGGUCUGGAACCUUUGCUUCGUUCAAUCGUAAAUCAUCAAUUAAUCAGUAAAGCGUGUACAAUAUGUACACCGCGGGCAGUACAGUAUAUACUGUACAUAAUAAGAUUAAAUGUAAACAAUGUUUCCGCCUUUAGCUAUUAAUUAUCACCUAAAGAAAAUUUGAAUCUGGAACCGAACAGAUAAAAACUUAAAUCUUCCAAAGAAUUUCAAUUUACAGGGUUUUAAUAUUUUUUUAGCGUAGAGCACAUCGGACAUUUUGAACUUUAAUUUUUUUUAUUGAUAAAUCUGACUUUAAAAAGCCAUAAUAAUUUGAAUAUAAAAGAGACAAAUUAUUCUGGAUUAAUUAAUCAUGAUUCAAUCAAUUGCUCAGUAUAGUUUUGAAUGCAUAAAACCUUGGUACAUUAUAUUUUUAAAUGUAAACGGCUAUUCCAGUUUAAUGUAAUGUGACACGUGUACCCCUGUAGUAUUUUUAUUAAAAGACAACGACACAACUUAUUAUAAUUCUGCUCAAUUAACCUGUUAAAAGACAAUCCAACAUUAUCAUUUGCUCAGUAACUUUUUAAAUAGUUUUUAACAGUGAGCCUAGAAACACUUUAUACUAAGAAUUAAGUAACAAUAUUUUUUAAAAAAAUGAAAAGCCUACUAAAUUUGAAUUGUGUAUUCAAACGUUUAUUUGUUUCUGGGACACCCUGUAUUUUGCCUGCUCACUCCAGACUUGAGUGCAAUAGAUAUUAUUUCUGACCAACCCUGUAAAUAUUAUUGAUUAUCUUAUCUCUUUUUUAAUUCCUUUUUCCACGACAUUUUGUUUUAGAAUUGACACAGCCCUCUGAAUCUGAAUUGGAUUAAAUUCUAGUCUAUUAAUUUCAUGUUUCUUCCUUCCCUUCUUUUCUACCAGCUGUUUGAAAACAUUUUUACUGUUGUAUAUAAAUAUAUUAUUGUGAUUUAUUUAAUGGACAAUAUUAAUCGAUACAAUUAUUAAAAUGUAAAAUAUAUUAAUUAAAUGACA